AAACAGCGGCACUUCCUCUUGCCCCUCUUGCCAUGUUGCUGCCCACAAGUGGAUGAUGGGUGAGAUUGCCAAGAGUACGUGUGUUGUUUCCAGCCUGCUUGCCUUCGUGCUGGGGAUUCUGGUGUGCCAGAACCAGUCUCGGGGCCUGGCGUGGGUGGCGGAGCUCCAGAAGAUCCGCGCCGACGGCACGGUCACUCUCGCGCCGUCCUCCCCAGCCCUCGUCGCCUCCGAGCCAUCCCCGCCUUCGGCGCCGCCGCCAUCGGCGUCGGCGCCUCCGGCGUCCCCGGUGGCGCCUCUGGCGCCGCGGGGCGUGAAGAGCCGAUGCUUGGACGACAGGUGCAGCCAAGUGUCUCCACGCUGCCGAUCUGAUGUCUUCCGGUCCCGGGACUACCGUUGUCCUUCCGACGACUGGGUGAAGAAGAUGGCAGAAGUGGACCCCAAUCCCGACAAGGUCAUCAUGAAUGUCGGGUGCAACAAGGGCCACGACUCCAUCGCCUGGCUGCAGAUGUUCGACCAAGAGCCCACCUGGGAUCUCAAAAAAUGGGCACGCUCUGUGCCGAACGGCCCCUGCAAGGUCGACUCAGACCUGCCAAGACCCCCGAGCUUUUCCUCGUCCAAGGGCCCAGUGGCGGUGUGUGUGGAAGCUGCGCCCCAGAACGUGAAGCUGCUGAAGAAGGUGCAGAAGAAGUUCGGCUACGAGCCGUCGGCUUCGGGGGGCUUCCACGUGGUGCACGCCGCGGUGAUGGACGUCGCCCGGCCCGGCAGCACCGUGAGCUUCCCUGAUGCGCCAGCAGGCCAGGAGCGAGCCGGGCUGUCAUACCGCGACAAGAGCUGGAAGAUGACAACUGUCCCAGCAGAGACUGUGGACACGCUGGCGCUGAAGUUCAAGUUUCCCAAAGUGGACGUUCUCAUCAUUGACACGGAGGGCGCAGAUCCGGCUGUCCUGGACGGUGCCAAGGAGACGCUGAAAACGGUGCGGUACCUGCUCUUCGAGGUUCACCGCGACCUUAAGGGCUCCCACUGGUCGAAGCGCACCCUUCUCUCGGUGGUGCAGAUGCUGGACAGCCGAGGUUUCGACUGCUGGUGGGCCGGGGUGCACGGGGAGACGGCCAGCGUCACCCAAUGCUACGAGCCCAGGUUCGAGCAGAUCCUAUGGAGUAAUGUCGUGUGCGUGAAGCGUGACGACGUGUGGUGGCACGUCCUGGAGUCCAGAGAUCCAAAUGCCAAAGGAUGACUUCCUGGCCAGACUCGCUGGUGAGUUGCUGGCGACAAAAUUCCCAGUUACUCUUGCUGGUCAGCAGGGAAUGAGGGAUUGACAC